GAAACUACUGUUAAAACAAGAUUUCAGCAACAUUUGAUGGCUCUUUGUUUAGGGAAUAUUUUAUAAUUUAAAGGCAUUAAAACUCAAAAUGGGUAAUUUUAUAUAAAUAUAUAUUAGUAUUCCUUAAAUACGUCGAAAAAUAUAUCAGUUGCGUUUACAGUUCAUUAUUUAUACCGUGUCAUUCUUAUUAUUCAGAGUAAGUAAGUAAGUAAGUAAAUUCAUUUCUUAGUAAUCUUAGCUUACACUUAGUGUGACAUAGUCUUCUUACUCUUCGUUGAAUUGUUUUUACUCACUCUCUACUCCACCAGUAACUGGGUUGUGUAGUUAGAGCAUUUGCACCAUUGCCCAAUAUUUGACAUUCUUAUCAAGCACUUGCUUUUCUGUCAUUGUUUUCCGAGUCUUUUUGAGAAAUGUCUUUCAAGCUUUCAAAUUCUAGCAACCUACCUACUUCAAAUUCUUGCUUUGCCUUUUCUUACUUAGAUAGUAUUUAUUAAUACUUAAUUGGCAGCUGGUAGACAGAAGUUUUAGCUAAGCAAUGUUUUUGUAGGUGUUUGAUGUGCCUUCAGAAGUGCAUUCUGUAAACUGUAAAUGUCAUUUCCAGGUUCUUUGUUCUGUUUCAUUUAAUUGUUAUGACUUCUUUAGUUGUAUGAAUAGUAUGAUCAUUAAUAGCUGAUCCCUUUUAUCUUUUUUGCGAAUAUUUGAUGGAUACAUUUAGUAUCUGGUCUGUUUUUUAUUCUCACUUCCCAUAUAUAAGCUUGUUGCUUAAAAUGAUCAUCAGUUGAAUUGGUGAAGCUGGCAGUUAAUCAAAAUAUUUUUUGCAUCUUAAAUAAAUUGAAUUAUUUUAUGAAAUUGUUUCAAUAUUUUAAAGUCUUUGUACACAUGUGUCCAGUAGCUUCACUAGGGUGGGGUUACCCAGUGCUGUAAAGCAAAUUGAUGCUACUGUUUGUGUCAAUGAUUCCAUGGUUGGAGAUUGGGCAGACUAGGUAUGUCUACCCUUUUUAAUAUCUAACCACUGAAUGCUUUAUCAGGUAAAUCUGGUAUUUCCAAAAGAUGCCACAAUCUGGUCUGCCAUUUCUCUUUUCAUAAUGAAAUCCUAAGUAGAAUAGAAAACCUCUCGAAGUCUACAUUUAUUAGCACUUAUUUUUGUAACUCCAUUCUAUACAAAGCUUGAUGAUAUUUCUUAAUCGUCCACUAUGGAAACCAACUGUUUCUCCCUUAACACAUGAUCCACUACUUCCUAUGAAUGCAAAAGCUUUCCCAGGCACUGAGAGCAGUGUUAUCCCAUGAACACCAUUACAGAUGGCAGAGAUUAUUUAUUUAUUAUUUGAUAAUGGCAACUUGCUUAAAAGAUUAAAAAUAUUCCUAAAAUGCUGGCUUAUAAAUGGUGUCUCUCAAAAUUACAAGGACAUACUUACUUGGUCUAUGUAGACUAUAGUUUUAUAUGAUCUUCAUUUUGGUAUGCAUUAAAUGAGAUCCCUUAUGAAAUAUAAGCAUUUAGUUGGUUGUUUACUAAACUAUUCAGAAUUCAUGAAGGUCAACAGAUGUUUCUUUAAUGGUUUUUGCUCCUUACCCUCAGCAAUGGAACUUCCCAAACAGAUCUCAACAGAACAUAUAAGUUUUCCUAAAACACAAUGCAUCAUUAAUGAUAUCACUCAUGAGGCUCGGGAUGCACCUGGAAAUGAAUCUCUAACAGAUAAAGAGAUAACUGAGAAAGUAGAAGCAAUUUUAAUGGAAAAAAUAACUGCUGGAGAAAAAAGUGCAUAUUUUCAACUUGGGCUUCUCUUUUUUUAUCAGGUAGGAACUCAUAAUAUCUGAUAAUUGAAGAAUAUGCCUUUAUUAAAAUAUGGCUUAUGGUUGAUUUUUUAUUAGAUACAGAAAAAGAUAGCAAAAAUUAAUUUUUCAUUUGUGAUUGCAAUAUGAUUUAGUGUCACAUUUCUUUCCACAGGAAAAGUAUGAAGAGGCUCUUGAUUUAUUUGAUCAAGCUAAAACUUUUGACUUCCAAUCCUUAUUUAUGUAUGGAGUAAUGAAAUAUGAUGGUCUUGGAACAGAAGUCAAUAUGGUAUUUUUAUUAUUAUGUAUUACCAGAUAGUAAUUUUUAUUAAAAAUCCUCAAAACAUUUUUCUCAAAUGUAGGUAAUUUUAUAUGCAUUUAUACCUGUGACAAAUUUGGUGUACUUUCUUUAUUAUGUUGGUUUAUUUGCUUCACAUUUUUGAAAAGUUAACAUUUCUCCAUCCUUGGAUAAUUUUAUACAUAUAGAUUUUAAUUUCACUCUCCAACAUUAGUGCAGACUACUUUAGAUGUUUAUUUUUCUUUAAAAAAUUAAAUAUUUUGUAUACUUUAAAAUGCAAAUGCCAUAGUGUUUACUUGAUCAUGUUAAAAAUGUUAAACUACUCACUGAAGUGAUUCCAAUAGCUCUUGUUUGAUGAAUGUAGAAUAUUUGAGCCACAAAAAAAAUCAAAUAUUAAUAUAAUUAUUUUUUUCAAUUGCAAGUUUAAGUUGAAAAUGUGCUGUCUGUUCUCACAAAAUCAAAUUUAGAUUCCUUUCUGUCUGCAGAAAGAUGGUAUGGAUAGUAUGAUGGCAAUAGCUGAAGCAACGAGCUCGCAGGUCAUGCAUCUUGUACCUGCAGCAAGAUACAAUUUAGGACGAGCAUAUUACCAAGGCUUUGGAGAAAUACAAUCUGAUGCAGAAGCAGAAAGGUAGUAUAUAAUAUAAAUAAUAUUUUUCAGAAAGAAAAAUGCAUGGAUGUAAUUGUUUGACGUACAAUUAAUUUUCCAAAGCAGUGAUAAGAAAAAGUAAGUUAUCAUUUUAAUUUAAUUUAUAAACCUAUUGUUUGUUAAUUUUUCUUUCCAAUUGAAAUUGGAAAUUAAUUAAAUUUAUAAUAAAGAAUUUUCUCCUCUAAGAAUCUAUGGAAGAGCUGUUACUACAUCAAGUGGCUGUGUUCUUAGUUUUUGUCAAAAAUGUACUGAGAGAUCUUAAAAAUUAGUUUUGAUUUUAUUGUUUGAUUUCAACAAUUCUAACUUAAAAUUUAAAAAAAUAUUUUUCUUAAUUUAUUUAAUUAGGUGGCUUCUGUUGGCAGCUGACGAUGGUAAUCCCAAUGCAAGUAUCAAAGCUCAAAGUGUACUGGGCAUGUUCUACUCAAGGUUGGGAACAGAGUACCAUGAUCUCAAAAAAGCAUUUUUCUGGCAUUCCGAAGCUUGUGGCAAUGGUAGCCUUGAAUCUCAAGGUCAGAUUUUGAAAUUUAAAAUUAUAAUUAUUCAAGGGAAGGAAAGAAAGAGAUUUUUUAUCGAGCAAUUGUUAAGUAAUAGAUUAAUAAGUAGAACUUCUGUAAAAUAUAAUUGGAAUCAACUUUAAAUUGAGAAAAAGUUUGGUUAUGACAAUAAAAAUCUAAAAUAUCAUGUGACAGGUUGCUUUCUAAUUCAAUACAUCGUACCAAUGAUGCCCUAAUUCUCAUUAUUUGUGGGUGCUUAGCAAUCUUUUCUCAAUAGAAUGACAUUUUUGGAUGCAGACUCCAGACAAAAAAUCUAACUCCCAUUCCAAAGCUGUUGGAAUAACUGGUAUUUUUAACGAGAAUGUAGUGUUUUUAUGAGAUCUAUAAAAUGUUAAGUUGUUUUUUUUAUCGAUAUGAUUUUGUUUUGUAAACUCACAUAUUUAUACAUAGACUUCUAAUUAAGUUUGGAAUAUUAAUGAAAUUUUGUUUUACACAUAAAUGACAAGAUUUCAUUUUUUUCUCUUUUUUUUUGAAACAGGGGCUUUAGGUGUAAUGUAUUUACAUGGUAUAGGGGUUAAAAAAGAUCUGGAUGCUGCAUAUAUAUGCUUGAAAGAAGCUGCAAAAAGAGGAAAUGUUUAUGCCAUGGGAAAUUUGGUGACAUUCUACUACAAAAGUAAACUAUACACAAAAGCCUGUGACCUUGGUUAUAAGUAAGUUUUUUCAGAACAUUCUUUGAACAGUUGGGUGUCUAGUUCCAAUUCAUGGGGGGAAUUAGAUAAUUCAAUAACAUAUUAUAUUACUAACAAAAUUAUUUUAAAAUUAUUUAGAAUAAACAAUAAGCAAACUGUUAUGGUGACUAGAGUAAUCUGUUGAAGAGUGUAAGCUGAGUAUUAUACUAACUAGUAGUAGGUCAUUUAAGAAAUUUCUUUGAAGUAGUUAAGACAACCAAAAGAUAGAAAUAAUUCAUUUGAUUUAAUUCUAUUCAAAAAACAUGAAGCCAGAAAAAAAAAGUUAUAUAUCUAUAUAUAUAUAUAUAUAUCUAUAUAUAUAUAUAUAUAUAUAUAUAUAUCUGUACAUAUAUUUUUAAAAAUUUUAAGUUUUUUUUUUUUUUUUUUUUUUUUAUUUUAAAUUUUAUAAUAUUUUUUUUAUAUUAAAAAAAAAAAAAAAAAGAAAAAAAAAAUUAUAUAUAUAUAUAUAUAUAUAUAUAUCUAUAUAUAUAUAUAUAUAUAUAUAUAUAUCUGUACAUAUAUUUUUAAAAAUUUUAAGUUUUUUUUUUUUCUGUUAUUUUUUAAAUUAAAUAUUAUAAUAUAUUUUCUUACUUAUUAUAUACAAGUCAGAACUUUGGACACAAUAGUUCCAAUAACCUUGCUUGAUAAGUAUUGACAAAUAUUUGUGACUCAUUAAACAAUUUUUAGUACCUGAUUAAUAUAAGGUUAUUAAAAAUGUUUAAUCUUUGCUUCAAAUCAUGUAUACAGGACAGCACAACUGAAUGAAGAAGAUGUUCCAUUGAUUGCUGCAGAGACUGACUGCUUACCAUUAUAUAUUGCAAAGGGGAUAGCAAUGGCUUGUUUCAUCUAUGCCCGGUGUUUGGUUGGUGGCCAUAGUUUAAAGACAAAUAAAGAAUUGGCAAAAACAUAUUAUUCAAAGGUAGAAAGUCUUUAGUCUUUUAUUCCAUUACACUGAAAUAAGAAAGGUUUAUCAGAAAAAAAAAAAAACUUGUCCUAUUUAACUGAAUCAACUAAACAAUGGAUGUUUAUUUUAGUGAAUUCAUCUCUUUAAUUCAUCUGUCUUUAAGCAUAGGUAUUUUAUUUCAGCCAACUGUGUUAUCCUUGUGAGUUGAAAUAUACAAAAGGUGAUAAGUUUUAUGAAAAAAUCAUGAAAAAAUACCUCUUUUAACGUGUCUAAAUAUCUGAGAAAACUCAUAAAAGAAAUUAUUCUUACUUCCUAGAAUUAUUUUAUGAUUUAAGAUUUUAUUUCAUUAUUGCUGGAAAAUAAAUUUUAAAAAAUGCACAGCUACAAUAGAUUUUAUGUCUUUAUUUUACAGAGCUAUCGUUUCGACCCCGACAUUUGUGCUCUGCUACAACAUUCCACUCAGUAUGGAUCCAUCUAAAGAACAAAAAGUUGUGGAGACAUAAAUAUUUCUGCAAUGUUUUCUUCCCAGUUAUUUCAUACCAUCAUGAUAUGGGUUCUUUUCAACUGCAUCAUCUGCAAUGGAUAGCCAACAGAUUAAAGUGAUGGUACUUGAUGUCAUCUGGUUCUACAAGUAUAACAGAAAAUGCUGAAUUUUAUUUUAAUAUUGCACACAACAAAAAAAAUGAUUAAGCUGAAUCUUUUGAAGUGUCUUUAACAGAAAAAUCUAAGAAAAUAACCCUAUUAAAAAUGUUAAGCAAAAUGACAUAUUAUUUUAAAUUAACCUACAACUCACUUAUCAUUAUUAUGAUGAUAUUGAGACUUACACAUUGCAUAUAUUUUUAAUUGGAAAUAUUUUUACAGUUUAGAGAAAGAAAACAAUACUUUAUUCUACAGACAUCAAAAUGGUAAGUUAAUUUUAGAAUAAAUCUAUGGCAAUAUAAUAAAACAUCUAUAUUAGAGUUUCCCAGCUUUAUUGCAAAAAAAAUGUUAAUGAUUGGAUUAAACAGACAAAUUAACAUGAGGGGCAAAAUUCAUAAUUUAUUAAUACAACAAUAAAUAUUGUUUCAUCUUUACUAAUUAUUAUAGAAUAAAAGGCUUAUUACAUAGCAAUCUUGUGGGUUGAAUUAAAUUUAAACAUCAAGAGGAGUCAAAUUUAGCUAUCCAGACCACACAUUUGUGAUCUUUCAAUAUGAUGUUAUUCAUGAAAAUGGUGUUUAAAUGUUAUAAAAUAGUUAUAAAAAGUGAUUUUUCAAAAUAUAUUUACUUUGCUCUGUAAUGAAAAAUAUGUAUGCAUCAAAUCAUUUUACUUGUAAUAGAUAAAACCCUCAACACCUUAAAUUUUUCGCUAUUUAUAUCAUUAAGUGCAAAACAGAUGUAGUUCCUCAUAUUCAAAAAAAUUUACAUGAGGCUAUAUUGUGUUCCCUAUUUCAAUUCAAUACAACAGCUUUUAUUAUUAUAAGCAAUAUGUUAUACAUCUCCAUUACAUACGAUAAUGACCUACUUCUGAAACAAACACACAUGGAUACAGUGGGAUGAAAUGUAUAAGCAGCAAAAUAUAAAGCAGAUGGACCAUUAAAAAAAUGUGGUCUACAACUAUCCACAUUGCAAUUAAGUUUUUGUUCUAUUGAACAAUAGAAUUCUAGAUUAGAGAUUUAUAUGUUAAAUAAUCUUGCUGCAUUGGACACAUUAUGUAGGCUACAAACAAGUCAGAGUAAGCAUAAGAUGUCUGCAUGGUGUAAAGGAAUGUUUGAAAAUUUAUCCUUUCUGUGAUAUAAUUAAUAAAUAUUUAACUAGUCUAUGCAAUUUUUUCUGCUUGAAGCUAUGAGCUCUUAUUCUCAUGAAGAGCUGCAAGAUUCAAUUUUAUUAUUAAUGUUUUUUAAUCUAAUAAAUUUUGUACACAUGAUUGCAUAGAGCGUUAGACUAUAUCUUUUAUUGCUGAGGAGAGGAUUCAAUCUCAUAUUUUCAAAGCUCAAUGGUUACAAUCAUUUAAUUCUUUAAUUUCCAGGGCUCUACUCUACAUUUUCAAUAACUAAAAUGUUGUCACAUUAUAAUUUAUAUGUGCUUUCUGUUUUAUAUUUGUAUUUUCUACUCCAAGCAUAAUUUGUUCAUUAUUGAGGUUUCCUUAUUAUUUCACUUUUUUCCCAUGUUCCUCUUUUUCUGUGGAGAUAAUAAAUAAAAAAGGUCUAUGCCUAUUUUUUUACCUGUUAUAAAUUUACAAACAUGAAUCAUUCGUUUAAGUAAAUAUAAAAUAAAUUUCCAGGUACACAUACUGAAAAUGUAUUAUUUAUAUAUUAUUUAUAUGUUACAGAGUUUUUUUCUCCAUCUCUUUCCUUCUUAUCCACUUAUAAAAGCCCUUGAUCCAUCAUUAUUUAUUACACAAAAUGUGCCUUCGUGUCCCAUAAUAAAUAAAUUAACACAUGCGAGCAAAAAAGGUGAUUUACACACAAAAAAUACACAAAUAAAAUGCCAUUACUU